UUUCCUGGCCACAUAGCUGGCGGAGCGAGGGAGCCCGCAAGACCGAGACAUUGGGGGCAAAGCCUUGCCACCUGGGCCACAUCAUGUCCACCAAAGCGGAGCAGUUUGCUUCUAAGAUCCGCCACCUGCAGGAAUAUCAUAACCGGGUCCUCCACAAUAUUUAUCCUGUACCGUCGGGGACUGACAUCGCAAACACCCUGAAAUACUUUUCUCAGACCUUGUUAAGCAUUUUGUCCCGCACAGGGAAGAAGGAAAGCCAAGAUGCCUCCAAUUUGACAGUGCCCAUGACCAUGUGUCUUUUUCCUGUGCCAUUCCCACUCACCCCAUCUCUAAGACCACAGGUCAGUUCCAUCAACCCUACUGUUACUCGCUCCCUCCUUUACAGCGUCCUGCGAGAUGCUCCAUCUGAACGUGGCCAGCAAAGUCGUGAUGCUCAAUUAUCAGAUUACCCUUCAUUGGACUAUCAAGGCCUUUACGUGACUUUGGUGACUCUGCUGGAGCUCAUUCCAUUACUACAGCAUGGUCAACAUGAUCUCGGACAGUCAAUAUUUUAUACAACGACAUGUUUGCUACCCUUUCUUAAUGAUGACAUUCUGAGUACUUUGCCCUACACAAUGAUAUCAACAUUAGCUACCUUUCCUCCGUUUCUACACAAGGAUAUUAUUGAAUAUCUCAGCACAUCUUUUCUACCCAUGGCUAUAUUGGGCUCAUCCAGGAGAGAAAGUGUUCCCGCCCAUGUUAAUCUCUCGGCAUCUUCCAUGUUAAUGAUAGCAAUGCAGUACACAUCGAACCCAGUGUAUCAUUGCCAGUUACUGGAAUGCCUCAUGAAAUAUAAGCAAGAAGUCUGGAAAGAUUUGCUUUAUGUGAUAGCAUAUGGACCAUCUCAAGUGAAACCACCAGCUGUGCAGAUGCUCUUUCACUAUUGGCCCAAUUUAAAACCUCCAGGGGCCAUAAGUGAGUACAGGGGAUUACAGUACACAGCUUGGAAUCCCAUCCACUGCCAGCAUAUUGAAUGCCAUAACGCAAUUAACAAACCAGCGGUGAAGAUGUGCAUAGACCCCUCUCUAUCCGUGGCUUUAGGAGAUAAACCACCACCAUUAUACCUUUGUGAAGAAUGCAGCCAGCGGAUUGCAGGGGAUCACAGCGAAUGGCUGAUUGAUGUUCUCCUCCCACAAGCUGAAAUAUCUGCUAUAUGUCAGAAAAAGAACUGCAGUUCUCAUGUGAGGAGAGCUGUGGUAACCUGCUUCUCAGCAGGGUGCUGUGGUCGCCAUGGAAACAGGCCUGUCAGAUACUGUAAAAGGUGCCAUUCAAACCACCAUAGCAAUGAAGUUGGGUCAACAGGAGCCACAGCGGAAACCCACCUUUAUCAGACAUCACCUCCACCCAUCAACACACGGGAAUGUGGAGCUGAGGAACUUGUGUGCACAGUGGAGGCUGUGAUUAGCUUGCUGAAGGAAGCCGAAUUUCAUGCCGAGCAGAGGGAAUAUGAACUAAAUCGCCGAAGACAAAUGGGGCUUUCCUCUUCCCACCACUCUUUGGAUAACACUGACUUUGAUAACAAAGAUGAUGAUAAACAUGACCAACGACUGCUCAGCCAAUUUGGAAUAUGGUUCUUAGUGAGUCUUUGUACCCCUAGUGAGAACACACCCACUGAAAGCUUAGCCAGGCUGGUUAGCAUGGUCUUUCAGUGGUUCCACUCCACAGCUUACAUGAUGGAUGAUGAAGUCGGAAGCUUAGUGGAAAAGCUGAAACCUCAGUUUGUCACCAAGUGGUUGAAGACCGUGUGUGAUGUUCGCUUUGAUGUCAUGGUCAUGUGCCUGCUUCCCAAACCGAUGGAAUUUGCCAGGGUUGGUGGGUACUGGGACAAGUCCUGCAGCACAGUGACGCAGCUAAAGGAAGGUCUCAACCGCAUUCUUUGCCUGAUUCCUUACAAUGUGAUCAGUCAGCCUGUGUGGGAAUGCAUCAUGCCAGAGUGGCUAGAAGCCAUCAGAACAGAAGUCCCAGAUAACCAACUAAAAGAGUUCAGGGAAGUAUUAAGCAAAAUGUUUGACAUUGAGCUUUGCCCUCUUCCUUUCUCAAUGGAGGAGAUGUUUGGAUUUAUCAGUUGCCGGUUCACAGGAUACCCCUCUUCUGUGCAGGAACAAGCUCUACUGUGGCUUCAUGUAUUAUCAGAGUUAGACAUCAUGGUCCCACUUCAGCUACUAAUAAGCAUGUUUUCUGAUGGAGUUAAUUCUGUCAAAGAGCUGGCAAAUCAAAGAAAAUCAAGAGUCAGUGAGCUGGCAGGGAGUCUUGCAGCUCGAAGGGUGAGUGUUGCCUCUGAUCCUGGUCGCCGAGUUCAGCACCAUAUGUUAAGCCCAUUUCCCAGUCCAUUCCAGAGCCCUCUUCGCAGUCCCAUGCGAAGUCCAUUCCGGAGUCCUUUCAAAAACUUUGGACACCCAGGAGGAAGGACUAUCGAUUUUGAUUGUGAAGAUGAUGAAAUGAAUCUGAAUUGUUUCAUUCUCAUGUUUGAUCUCCUCCUGAAGCAGAUGGAGUUACAAGAUGAUGGAAUCACCAUGGGCUUAGAAAACAGUCUGUCUAAAGACAUCAUUUCCAUUAUAAAUAAUGUCUUCCAAGCCCCCUGGGGGGGUUCUCAUACAUGCCAGAAGGAUGAAAGAGCUAUCGAGUGCCACUUGUGCCAGUCAAGCAUCCUUUGCUAUCAGCUGGGGUGUGACCUCCUAGAGCGACUGGCUCCCAAAGAAGAAAGUCGUCUAGUGGAGCCCACAGACAACCUUGAGGACAGUCUUCUCUAUUCCCGGCCUGAGUUUAUAAUAGGCACUGAAGGAGAAGAGGAUGAGAACCCAGUUGCAAAGCAUGGAGAGAACCCAGGAAAUCACACCGAACACCCUGAAAACAUUGCAAUAAAGAACGAUACUGAAAGAAAAUUUUGUUACCAGCAACUUCCAGUAACUCUAAGGCUAAUUUAUACCAUUUUCCAGGAAAUGGCAAAGUUUGAAGAGCCUGACAUUCUUUUUAACAUGCUCAACUGCCUGAAGAUUCUCUGUCUUCAUGGAGAAUGUUUGUACAUUGCAAGGAAAGAUUAUCCUCAGUUUUUAGCCUACAUUCAGGAUCAUAUGCUAAUUGCAAGCCUAUGGAGAGUCAUCAAGUCUGAAUUCUCCCAGCUGUCUUCAUUAGCAGUUCCUCUCCUUCUUCAUGCUUUGUCGCUUCCUCAUGGUGCUGAUAUCUUCUGGACAAUCAUAAAUGGCAACUUCAAUAGCAAAGACUGGAAAAUGAGGUUUGAAGCAGUGGAGAAAGUGGCAGUCCUGUGCCGGUUUCUGGACAUUCAUUCAGUGACUAAAAACCAUCUGCUGAAGUACUCUUUGGCGCAUGCCUUCUGCUGCUUUCUGACAGCUGUAGAGGAUGUCAACCCUGCGGUGGCUACAAGAGCAGGGCUCUUGCUUGAUACCAUAAAGAGGCCAGCUCUACAGGGCCUAUGUUUAUGCCUUGACUUCCAGUUUGAUACAGUUGUUAAAGAUAGACCCACAAUUCUUAGCAAGCUUUUACUCCUACAUUUUCUAAAGCAAGAUAUACCUGCAUUGAGCUGGGAGUUUUUUGUUAAUAGAUUUGAGACACUUUCCCUGGAGGCUCAGCUGCAUUUGGAUUGCAACAAAGAGUUUCCUUUUCCAACAACGAUCACUGCUGUAAGGACCAAUGUUGCUAACCUCAGUGAUGCAGCAUUGUGGAAGAUCAAGAGGGCUCGUUUUGCGAGGAAUCGCCAGAAAAGUGUGCGUUCCCUGAGAGACAGCGUGAAAGGGCCUGUGGAAUCAAAGAGGGCGCUGUCCCUUCCUGAAACUCUAACCUCCAAAAUCCCUGUGAGGUUGACCAGGCAUGAGCAGUCUGCUCCAGCUCUCGGUGGGACACCUGAACAAACACCAGGGCAACAGUCUCCUGAGAAUGAUAAUACGAUAAAGGACCUGCUCCCUGAGGAUGCUGGGAUUGACCAUCAGACAGUCCACCAGCUGAUUACAGUUUUAAUGAAGUUUAUGGCUAAAGAUGAGAGUAGUGCGGAGUCAGACAUCAGUAGUGCUAAGGCCUUUAACACAGUCAAACGGCACUUGUAUGUUUUACUUGGUUAUGACCAGCAAGAAGGAUGCUUUAUGAUAGCCCCUCAAAAAAUGCGCCUCUCAACUUGUUUCAAUGCAUUUAUUGCUGGAAUUGCACAAGUAAUGGAUUAUAACAUCAAUCUGGGAAAACAUCUUCUCCCUUUAGUGGUUCAAGUGCUUAAAUACUGCUCUUGUCCUCAGCUGCGACAUUACUUUCAACAGCCACCUCGUUGCUCCUUAUGGUCCCUGAAGCCUCAUAUUCGACAGAUGUGGUUGAAGGCACUACUUGUUAUUCUUUAUAAGUAUCCAUACCGAGAUUGUGAUAUCAGCAAGGUUAUGUUGCAUCUGAUCCACAUAACAGUCAAUACGCUCAACGCACAGUAUCACAGUUGUAGACCACAUGCUACUGCAGGACCUUUGUACAGUGACAACAGUAACAUCAGCAGAUACAGUGAGAAAGAAAAAGAGGAAGAUAGUGUUUUUGAUGAAUCUGAUAUUCAUGAUACACCUACUGGACCCUGCAAUAAGGAGUCUCAAACUUUUUUUGCAAGAUUGAAAAGGAUAGGCGGCAGCAAAAUGGUGAAAUAUCAACCGGUUGAGAUGAAUGUGCAGAGAAGUGAAAUAGAACUGGCUGAAUAUAGAGAAACGGGUGCAUUUCAAGACAGCAUUCUACGCUGUGUGAGAGAAGAAAGCAUUCAGAAAAAAAAGCUGCGCUCUUUAAAACAAAAAUCUCUUGAUAUAGGGAAUGCAGACUCCCUGUUGUUUACAUUAGAUGAGCAUCGUAGGAAGUCCUGCAUAGACCGGUGCGAUAUAGAUAAGCCAUCUACCCAUGCUGCUUACAUCACCCAUAGACAGAAUGAUUAUGGAAGGCCCAGGCAGAAUUCUUCUACAAGGCUGGACAAUACAGAAAUCCCUGAGAACCCCAUUGUAGAGGGUUUUCAAGAAACCCGAAGGCCAGUAAUACCAGAAGUCAGAUUAAACUGCAUGGAGACAUUUGAGGUGAAAGUUGAUUCUCCAGAAAAACCUUCUACUCCUAAAGAGGAUUUAGAUCUUAUUGAUUUGUCAUCAGAUUCCACAUCAGGGCAUGAAAAGUGCUCUGUUCUCUCCACGUCAGACAGUGACUCUCUUGUCUUUGAGCCUCUUCCUCCUCUCCGAAUAGUGGAAAGUGAUGAAGAGGAGGAAACGAUGGAGCAAGGUACUGAGGGUGUCUCUAGUAAAAAUACUCUGUCCUUUCCUUCAACUCCCACUGGGCCCUCUGUGCUCAGCCUAAGCACAACUCCUCUUGUGCAAGUUAGUGUGGAAGAUUGCUCUAAAGACUUUACUUCUAAGGACAGAAGAAAUAGUCAGUCAUCAGGGAAAAAGGAAACUCCUCUUCAGCUUUCUGAAGAGCCAAAAGAUGGUGAAGAGUUGUCAAAGCUAGAGGCACUUCAAGAUUUUUCCUCUGGUAGCCCUCUCACUCUGAAACAGAAGCGAGACCUUCUGCAGAAAUCUUUUGCCCUUCCUGAGAUGUCAGUUGAUGAUAGCACUGAGCUUAGCAUGGAGGAAGAAAAGGAAGGUGGACAGAGCUCAAGUGCAUGUGCCAAAACAGUCCUUCUUAAGGUUCCUGAAGAUGCUGAAAGUCAGUCUGAAAGUGAAAAGCCUGAUGCUAGUGCUGGGUCUGACACAGAACAGAAUGCUGAACAAAAGGCAGGAGAGGAUGGAACUGAGGAGUCUGAAUUUAAGAUCCAGAUCGUGCCUAGGCAAAGAAAGCAGAGGAAAAUUGCGGUCAGUGCUAUACAGAGAGAGUACCUGGACAUUUCCUUCAACGUUCUAGACAAACUGGGAGAGCCAAAGGAGACAGAUCCUUCUGCUAAAGGACUUUCAACUUUGGAAAUGCCCAGAGAAUCUUCCUCUGCACCAACUUUAGAAGCAGGCGUGCCAGAAACAAGUAGUCAUUCUUCUAUAUCAACUCAGUAUAGGCAAAUGAAAAGGGGAUCAUUGGGAGCUCUGACAAUGAGCCAAUUAAUGAAGCGACAGCUGGAACAUCAGUCUAGCGCCCCUCACAACAUCAGCAACUGGGACACUGAACAGAUACAACCUGGGAAGCGUCAGUGUAAUGUGCCAAUGUGCCUAAACCCUGAACUGGAGGGACCACCGCUAAGAAUGAGAGGUGCUACUAAAUCCAGCCUGCUGUCAGCGCCCAGCAUAGUCAGCAUGUUUGUACCUGCACCAGAGGAAUUCACUGAUGAACAGCCUACAAUGAUGACUGAUAAGUUCUUUCCUUACUCUUUAAACAAUUUCCCUUCUUUCCUCCUGGAAAUGCCAUCAAUUUCCCUAUUUCUGUUGAGGGCACCACCAUCCUCCCAGUCACCCAGAUGCCAUGACUGUGGGGCCAUUCUUGAAGAAUAUGAUGAAGAAACACUAGGGCUAGCCAUUGUAGUGCUCUCCACAUUCAUCCACCUAAGUCCAGAUCUUGCGGCUCCUUUAUUGCUGGAUAUCAUGCAGUCUGUGGGAAGAUUGGCAUCCAGCACCAAUUUUUCCAACCAAGCAGAAAGCAUGAUGAUCCCUGGUAAUGCUGCAGGGGUGGCGAAGCAGUUUCUCCGCUGUAUCUUCCAUCAGCUAGCCCCUAAUGGGAUAUUCCCACAGCUGUUCCAGAGCAGUAUAAAAGAUGGGAGUUUUUUACGAACUUUAGCUACAUCUCUCAUGGACUUCAAUGAGCUUAGUUCCAUUGCUGCACUAAGUCAGCUGUUGGAGGGUUUGAAUAACAAAAAGAAUUUGCCAGCAGGGGGUGCCAUGUUACGCUGCUUAGAAAACAUUGCCACCUUCAUGGAAGCUUUGCCAAUGGAUUCUCCAAGCAACCUGUGGACUACCAUCAGUAACCAGUUUCAGACUUUCUUUACCAAACUGCCUUGUGUUUUACCUCUGAAGUGUUCUUUAGAUUCCAGUUUGAGAAUAAUGAUCUGCCUCCUGAAGAUACCUACCACCAGUGCUACAAGGAGUCUACUGGAACCAUUUUCAAAACUGCUCAGCUUUGUCAUUCAAAAUGCUGUCUUCACAUUGGCCUACCUGGUGGAAUUGUGUGGCUUGUGUUACAGAGCUUUUACUAAGGAACGGGAUAAAUUCUACUUGUCUCGUAGUGUUGUCUUAGAGCUACUCCAAGCUCUGAAGUUAAAGUCUCCUUUGCCAGAUACAAACCUACUACUGCUGGUCCAGUUUGUUUGUGCAGAUGCUGGAACCAAACUAGCUGAGUCAACAAUCCUACACAAGCAGAUGAUCGCAUCCAUGCCUGGAUGUGGAACAGCAGCUAUGGAAUGCAUGAGACAAUACGUUAAUGAAGUACUGGACUUUAUUGCUGACAUGCAUACAUUAACCAAACUUAAGAGUCACAUGAAGACAUGCUCUCAGCCUUUGCAUGAAGAUACUUUUGGUGGACAUCUCAAAGUCGGGCUGGCUCAGAUUGCAGCCAUGGAAAUCACAAGAGGCAACCACAGGGAUAAUAAAGCCGUUAUUCGCUACCUCCCCUGGCUCUACCAUCCUCCCUCUGCAAUGCAACAAGGACCUAAAGAAUUCAUUGAGUGUGUUUCUCAUAUCCGCUUGCUGUCCUGGCUGCUUCUGGGUUCACUCACACAUAACUCUGUGUGUCUAAAUCCCUCAUCUCCCUGUAUGCCAAUUCCUCUGGAUGCAGGGUCCCACAUUGCAGAUCAUCUUAUCGUUAUCCUGAUUGGAUUUCCCGAGCAAUCAAAGACAUCUGUGUUGCACAUGUGUUCCCUCUUCCAUGCAUUUAUCUUUGCUCAACUAUGGACGGUCUACUGUGAACAAACUGCUGUUGCUCCCUCUGUCCAAAAUCAGAAUGAAUUUAGCUUUACAGCCAUCCUUACUGCACUGGAGUUCUGGAGUCGGGUGACACCUAGCAUUCUACAGCUAAUGGCACAUAACAAAGUGAUGGUAGAAAUGGUCUGUCUCCAUGUGAUCAGUUUGAUGGAAGCGCUGCAAGAAUGCAAUUCAACCAUUUUUGUCAAGCUCAUACCUAUGUGGCUGCCAAUGAUUCAGUCAAAUUUGAAGCACUUAUCGGCUGGACUACAACUACGACUUCAAGCAAUUCAGAACAACGUGAACCACCACAGCCUGAGGAUGCUACAGGGCUCAGGACAGACAAGCACGAGUUCAUCCGCGCUCCGGAAGUGGCUCCAGUGCACCCAGUUCAAAAUGGCCCAGGUGGAGAUCCAGUCCUCAGAAGCUGCCUCCCAGUUCUACCCUCUAUGAGCAGGGUGUGUCGCUGCUAGCGUGAACGCUCUGGUUCAGCAAUAACGGGGUUCCAGACAAAUACUAGGAUCCACGCAGGUUUGAGAAGGCACUGGGGACACUGCACCCCCUCCGUAGUUUAGGUACAGACAUGCGGAGCCUGCCGAUGGCCGUGUCGAAGCCUUCCUGCUUCACCCGUUUCUGACGUCUCCUUGGGCUAGCCGAUUAAGUGUUUCCUUACAUUCUUUUUUAAGAACCAAAUCAUUUCUCUUUAACUGACUUCUAUUUUUUUUAAGAAGAAAAAAAAAUAGACUGGUGGGCACUCACAGAAAAGUUGUAUAAGUCCCCCUGUUGCUAUUUUUGAUGACAGAGAAUAAAUAGGGUUUUUGAAGCCUUUUAGUGUUUUUUCUUAAAACCGACUCUUGGCAAUGCAAUAAAACUCCUCACCGUGCGCCGGUGACACCCUACGGAGGCUUGGGGUCAUGAUCGUGGGAAAAAGCGGCAGCUUGCAAGGAGCAUUACAAAGUGCACUUAGAAAUUAGGGGGUUUAACUGUGCCAAUUCUUCCUCCUUUUCUUUUUUUCUUUCUUUCCCUUUUUAUAAUAUCAUUUUCCAAAACUGUCCAGUAUGGUGGCUUAUUUUUAAAACAACUGCAACAAACAAACAAACAAAACUAGGUUUUUGGACUCCUUAGUUUGAGGCUGUAUUUUCUUCUUGUAAGCUUUAGGAUAACCCCUUUAGUUUUAUGAAUAAGAAAUUUUAUUCUUUUCGUAAUACUUGUAUACAAUUCCAUUGGGAUAAAAAACAAAUUGUAGAUUGCAUACCAACCUAAUGGAAUCCCAGCAUUGGCACGUAACACUGCAUAUGGAAUCACAUUCCUAAAAGCCGAAUCUUAAUAGUGCAAGAGCACUGAGAUGCGUUGGCACUUAUGAACAGCAUUUGACUGUGCAUUCACAAAUGGUACUUCUCUUCUUUUACUCCUGUAAUGCACUGACAAAAAGAAGAAUUAAUACACGUUUAAGCUGUAU